GGUGCGAGGUGUGGGCCCCCUCAGCAAGCGUGGCUUCUACCUGGCCUUCCAGGACAUCGGUGCCUGCCUUGCCAUCCUGUCUCUCCGCAUCUACUACAAGAAGUGCCCCACCAUGGUGCGCAACCUGGCCGCCUUCUCGGAGGCGGUGACGGGGGCCGACUCAUCCUCGCUGGUGGAGGUGCGGGGCCAGUGCGUGCGGCACUCGGAGGAGCGGGACACGCCCAAAAUGUACUGCAGCGCCGAGGGCGAGUGGCUGGUGCCCAUCGGCAAGUGCGUGUGCAGCGCGGGCUACGAGGAGCGGCGGGAUGCCUGUGUGGCCUGUGAGCUGGGCUUCUACAAGUCGGCCCCCGGGGACCAGCUCUGCGCCCGCUGCCCUCCCCACAGCCACUCUGCAGCCCCUGCCGCCCAGGCCUGCCGCUGCGACCUCAGCUACUUCCGUGCAGCCCUGGACCCGCCGUCUGCAGCCUGCACCCGCCCCCCCUCGGCACCAGUGAAUCUGAUCUCCAGCGUGAAUGGGACUUCUGUGACCCUGGAGUGGGCCCCUCCACUGGACCGGGGCGGCCGCAGUGACAUCACCUACAAUGCCGUGUGCCGCCGCUGCCCCUGGGCCUUGGGCCACUGCGAGACGUGCGGGGGCAGCACCCGCUUCGUGCCCCAGCAGACCAGCCUGGUGCAGGCCAGCCUGCUGGUGGCCAACCUGCUGGCCCACAUGAACUACUCCUUCUGGAUCGAGGCCGUCAACGGUGUGUCCGACCUGAGCCCAGAGCCCCGCCGGGCUGCCGUCGUCAACAUCACCACGAACCAGGCAGCUCCGUCCCAGGUGGUGGUGAUCCGCCAGGAGCGGGCGGGGCAGACCAGCGUCUCGCUGCUGUGGCAGGAGCCAGAGCAGCCCAAUGGCAUCAUCCUGGAGUACGAGAUCAAGUACUACGAGAAGGACAAGGAGAUGCAGAGCUACUCCACCCUCAAGGCUGUCACCACCAGGGCCACCGUCUCGGGCCUCAAGCCGGGCACCCGCUACGUGUUCCAGGUCCGAGCCCGCACCUCGGCUGGCUGCGGCCGCUUCAGCCAGGCCAUGGAGGUGGAGACCGGGAAACCCCGUCCCCGCUACGACACCCGGACCAUCGUCUGGAUCUGCCUGACACUCAUCACUGGCCUGGUCGUGCUGCUUCUCCUGGUCAUCUGCAAGAAGAGGCACUGCGGCUACAGCAAGGCCUUCCAGCACUCGGACGAGGAGAAGAUGCACUAUCAGAACGGGCAGGCGCCUCCACCCGUCUUCCUGCCCCUGCACCACCCUCCGGGGAAGAUCCCAGAGCCCCAGUUCUAUGCAGAACCCCACACCUACGAGGAGCCGGGCCGGGCGGGCCGCGGUUUCACCCGCGAGAUCGAGGCCUCUAGAAUCCACAUUGAGAAGAUCAUUGGCUCCGGAGAGUCCGGGGAAGUCUGCUACGGGCAUCUGCAGGUGCCGGGGCAGCGGGACAUGCCCGUGGCCAUCAAGGCCCUCAAAGCCGGCUACACGGAGAGGCAGCGGCGGGACUUUCUGAGCGAGGCAUCCAUCAUGGGCCAGUUUGACCACCCCAAUAUCAUCCGCCUUGAAGGUGUCGUCACCCGUGGCCAGCUGGCAAUGAUCGUGACCGAGUACAUGGAGAACGGCUCUCUGGACACCUUCCUGAGGACUCACGAUGGGCAGUUCACCAUCAUGCAGCUGGUGGGCAUGCUCAGAGGAGUGGGCGCCGGCAUGCGCUACCUCUCGGACCUGGGCUAUGUCCACCGCGACCUGGCUGCCCGCAACGUCCUGGUCGAUGGCAACCUGGUCUGCAAGGUGUCUGACUUCGGGCUCUCGCGGGUGCUGGAGGAUGACCCCGACGCCGCCUACACCACCACGGGAGGGAAGAUCCCGAUCCGCUGGACAGCCCCCGAGGCCAUCGCCUUCCGGACCUUCUCCUCGGCCAGCGACGUGUGGAGUUUUGGGGUGGUCAUGUGGGAGGUGCUUGCCUACGGGGAGCGGCCCUACUGGAACAUGACCAACCGGGAUGUCAUCAGCUCCGUGGAGGAGGGGUACCGCCUGCCCGCGCCCAUGGGCUGCCCCCGCGCCCUGCACCAGCUCAUGCUUGACUGCUGGCACAAGGACCGGGCCCAGAGGCCUCGCUUCUCCCAGAUCGUCAGCGUCCUGGACACGCUGAUCCGCAGCCCUGAGAGUCUCAGGGCCACGGCCACUGUCAACAGGUGCCUGGCGCCCACCCCAGCUCUGCCCACCCCAGCUCCGCCCGCCCCAGCUGCCCUCCCCGCUUGCCCUAGACAAGGCCCAGACUUAGUCCAGGCCUUGGGGUGGCUCUGCCCUGACCCCUGGACCAGACCCAGCCUGGUCCUCUGAGCCCUGUUCAGAGCUCUACUUCCAAGCCUGCGGUCUAACCCUUCAGACCCUCCUUGCCACUGCCAAGCCUAGAUGGAGGCUGAGUGGCUGGCGCCAGUGUCUCCUGGCAGACCACUUACCAAGGGCCCCUGUGCCUCAGGUGCCCACCCCCCGCCUUUGCCCGGAGCUGCUUUGACCUCCGCGGGGGCGGGGGUGGCGGCGGGGGCCUCACCGUGGGGGACUGGCUGGACUCCAUCCGCAUGGGCCGCUAC